AUGGCCUACCAACAAGAGCGUUAUAUUGCCGAGCUCGCCGUCCAGCGCGCCACCCUGCUGACCCAGAAGGUCUUCUUUGAGAAGGCCAAGGGCACCGUCAGUAAGGAUGAUAAAUCCCCAGUGACCAUCGGCGACUUCGGUGCGCAGGCUCUGAUUAUCCAGGCCAUCCGCAAGAAUUUCCCCAAUGACGAGAUUGUCGCUGAAGAGGAAGCCAGCACCCUUCGUGAAGACAAGAACCUCAGCGCCGAGAUCUGGAGACUGGUGCAGGAUAUCAAGCUGGAUGAUGCGGAGAGCGACAAGAUUCUGGGGGGCCCUCUCGCCAGUGAAGAGAGCAUGCUGGAUAUCAUCGAUGCGGGCAAGAGCGCCGGUGGUGCCAAGGGCCGUAUCUGGGCUCUGGACCCCAUCGACGGCACCAAGGGUUUCCUCCGUGGCGGCCAAUAUGCCGUCUGCUUGGGUCUGAUUGUCGAUGGUGAUGUCAAGGUUGGCGCCAUUGGCACGCCCAAUCUGCCUGUGGAUGAUGCGGCGCCCAUCGAUGCUAGCAUCGGCGCCCAGCCGUCUGGCACAUCCUCCAACGGUGUCCUUUUCUCUGCCGUCCUCGGAGAGGGUGCCACGAGCCGUCCCCUGACCAGUGGAGCUCUUGCCCAGAGCAAGUCCAUUUCCAUGCGUCCCGUCCCCGACAUCGCUCAAGCUGUGUUCUGUGAGGGUGUUGAAGCUGCCCACUCCGCUCAGGGUGACAAUGCUGCUGUUGCGGAACGCCUUGGAAUCACGGCCCCCAGUGUCCGUCUAGACUCUCAGGCCAAGUACUGUUCUAUUGCUCGCGGAGCGGGUGACAUUUACCUGCGUCUCCCCGUCAAGAAGGACUACCAGGAGAAGAUCUGGGACCACGCAGCCGGCGAUAUCAUCGUUCGGGAGGCCGGUGGCCAGGUCACUGACAUUUACGGCAACCGUUUGGACUUCAGCAAGGGCCGGACCCUGGCUGCCAACAAGGGAGUCGUUGCCGCCCCCAAGGCCUUGCAGGACCAGGUCAUCGAUGCAGUCAAGACUGUCCUCAAGCUGUAA